AUGUCCAGAAUAGACCAUGAUGUUUCCAGUGUAACGUCAUCGUUACAAUCAGAUAUUCACUCACAAGAGGAACCAGUUCAAUAUCAACCAUCAGCGGUCAAUGAGCCAUCAUCACGCAGACCGUCAAUGAUACGAAGAUUAUCUAAUUCAGCAUCAAGUUUUUUCAAUGCUAGUAAUAUAACACAAGAAAGUUUGGUGGAAGAUGUGGAAGACGAUAUAUUGGAUAUUGGGAAUGAAAAUUAUGUUGAAGAAAUGUUUGGAGCUAAACAAUUAAGCCACGCCAUGACUUCAAAAAGUAGUGAUGAAGAAGAGCAAACCCCACAACCUUAUACAGGACAACAACCACAACAGCAAGAAAGCUCAACUGGAUCCCAAGAAUCAAAAGCAGAUUUAACUGGUGAUAGCACCACUCCGCCACCACAACAACCUGUCCAGAGAAGGAAAGGUUCAAUUGUGAGUGCUUUCAGUAAUAAAAAGUACAGUUUCUGGGAUAAAGAAUUCAAAUCAGAAAGAAUCAAGAUUGCGAUGCAAGUUUUAGAGAAUUAUGUAUAUUUAGUACUUGGAUUUGCUGCUGUAUUAUGUAUUUAUACUGGAUCUUAUUAUAAUAGAACUUCUCGAUUCAAAAACUUGAAAAUGGCGAUUAUGAUUGGUGAUAGAAAUUCUACCCAAUUACCCAAUAUUGUCGGACAAACCAUUGAAGGUUAUUUCACUAAAGUGCCGGCUCUUCAAGCAUUAGGUAAUUUUGAUAUAUGGGAUUAUGAUAGAUUGUCCAAUUUAGCUGCAUCUCAUAAUAACACCUUAACUGAAGAAGUAUAUCGACAAAUUCAUCAUCAAAAAUAUUGGGCUGCAUUUUAUGUUUAUGAGAAUGCAACAUUGAAUUGGUAUCAAGCAUUGGCUAGUGGUUCAAAAACGUUUAACCCAACAAAUUCAUUAAUGGAAGUUGUAUAUGAAACCGGAAGAGAUUAUAAUGCUGUCAACAAUUAUAUCGUCACGAUCAUUGGACAAAUCUUACGUGGUUAUUAUAAGUUUAUUCCACAAAGUGGAUUGGUUGUCAAUAUGUUGAAAACAUUGAAUUCUACUCAAGCAAAUAAUGUGAUUAAUAAUGCUCCUCAAUUGAUUUCUACCAUUCCUACAUUUUCAAUCCAUGAUUUACAUCCAGUUCCUAACCCAGUAUUUUCUGCUACUAUGCAAUUAGCUGGUGUUUACCUUAUUGUGCUUACAUUUUUCGCAUUUGUAUUUUCUAUUCAAAUACAAAUGUAUAUUGCAUCUAAAGUUAAGGGCAUUAAAUAUGUGAUAUUUAGAAUGAUGUCUAAUCAAGUUGCUUAUUUUAUUAUUUCAUUGGCAUUUGUUGUUUUGAACACGGCAUUUGGUUUACCAUUCAAUGGAACUUUUGGUCAUGCUGGGUUUUUAGUGAUUUGGGUGUUUUCUUAUUUGUUAAUGUCGGCCAUUGGAAGUGUUAUUGAAUUUUUUGUAUUGAUUGUUUUUGCUUUGAAACCACCAAUGAUUGGAUUUGUUUUACUAUUCACGGUGGUUCUCAAUCUUGCACCAACAAUUUCACCUAUUAUUUUAUGUCCGAAAUUCUAUCGUUAUGGUUAUGCCAUGCCAUUGAAGAAUUUUUAUGAUCUUUUACAAGUAGCUUAUUUCAAUGCUUGGAAAGGUCAUAUGGGGAGAAAUAUUGGAAUUUUGUUUGCUUGGAUGGUUGUAAGUAAUGCGGCGUUACCAUUUGUAAUGAAAUGGUUGGCAAACAAGAAAGCCAAAGCAGAAGAACAAAAAACCAACUUGGAAGAAUCACAGGACAAUAAGAAUAAUCAAGUAACAGAAAAGAAAUAA